UUCUUAAUUAACCGUGUCACAACGGUGGCUGUUCCAAACUUGCUGGACUUCCCUUGCCGUCGUUCUCAUUUCUCAACUACCGUGAGCUGACCAACAACCUCUUCUUCUUUUUAACUUCUCCAUUUCCCAUCUCCUUCUCUCCCAAAUUCCACAGUUCCAUAAACACUCCAACAGACAAAUUCAUCAAAAGAAAAUGGCUAUGUCCACCACCACUUGUUGCCUGAACAACCUCAACCCGCCGCCGCGGCUGCUCCCAAAGUCCACCACACCCACCACCAAUCAACUCCUUCCACGGAAUGGAAAUGGAGAACGAUGGCAAAAGCGGUGCGUUUUGGGGGUGGUCGGAGUGGCAAUGGCUCUGCAAAUGGUCGGAGAAAGUGGCGGCGUAGAAAUGGGAGAUGUCAAUUUUGUUGAUUCCAGAAAAUGGAGCGAAGAAAGAAUGUGCCCACAGUGGCGGCUCAAUUCCCUCGAAACCAUCGUGCCGGAGAAUCUCCCAAGGCCGGCCGCCCGCCGGAGAUGGGAACCCGCCGCCCUUCCUCGCACAGCGCCUCAACUCCGAACCAUACAUCCAUCUUCCCUCUCUACUCGCUGCUUCUCUAUGUAAUUACCAAAUCCCUAAAUACCAAUUCUUCAAUACCAUUUUACA